AAUUCCGCUAAAAAAAUUUGCCGCCAACUUCGGUUAUGUUUUGCCACGAAGCGUUGGUUCCAAGCCGCCACGUACCAUCGAUGACGGCGGCGACGGCGGCGGCGGUUGCGUCUCUCUCCCCCUCGCUCCAGAUCCUGGAGCGGGACGUUUUAGGGUUUGUGUUGUGCUCGGCGAGCUCCUGCAACAAAAAAUGAAUCCGGAAAGUUUGUUGGCUUCAGCAGCCAUUAACAUAGGCUUGGCCUUCAUAAUCCUCUCCAUCUUCUCCAUCCUCAAGAAGCAGCCAUCAAAUGCCGCCAUAUAUUACGCUCGCCGCCUCUCGCUCGGCCAACGUAUUUCCUUCGAACCUUUCACUUUCCGUCGACUUAUCCCUUCGGUCGCUUGGAUUCCUCGGGCUUUUCGUGUCUCCGAAGAUGAAAUACUCUCAAUCAGUGGCCUUGAUGCCCUCGUUACCUUCAGACUCUUCAAGCUCGGCAUUAAUUUCUCUGUCGUGUGCUCUCUUAUUGGGUUGUUGGUACUUCUCCCCAUAAAUUACUUUGGCCAGGAUAAAUCGUCCAGGAGUUACCAUUCUUUGGAUUCUUUCUCAAUAUCCAAUGUCAGGGAAGGAUCUGACUGGCUUUGGGUACAUUUUUCAUGCUUAUGCUUCAUAUCAUUUUUUGGAAUAUACCUCUUGCAUAAGGAAUAUAAUGGGAUAUUAGUUAAAAGAAUUCAACAACUUAAAAGCAUGAGAAAACGACCUGAUCAGUUUACUCUUCUAGUUCGUGAAGUUCCUUUAUGCAGUGAACACAAGGCUCGUGGGUGUAAUGUUGAUCAUUUUUUCUCAAAAUAUCAUCCAUGGACUUAUCAUUCUUAUCAAAUAUUAUCUGAUGUGAAAGAGCUUGACCGGUUGUUGAAGCAGGCCAAGUCUAUCGUGGAAAAGAUUGAGGAAAGAAGAAAAAAGUUCAGUUCUAUGAAUGAUAAGAGAGAACCCUUGCUCUCAGAUACGUCUCGACAAGACGCAUUAAAAAUAGCUCUCCUUGAGGAAAAGCUUCGGAAGUAUCAUGGUAUAAUUCAUAACUUGCAGAUUCAAAGUGCAUCUAAGCAUAAGGAGCUUCCUGUAGCCUUUGUUACAUUCAAGUCUCGUUUGGGUGCUGCAUUGGCUUCUCAGUCACAACACUCCCUAAAUCCUCUUCUUUGGAUCACUGAGGUUGCUCCAGAACCUAGUGAUGUAUCAUGGAAGAAUUUGGCAAUCCCUAUUAGACUGUUACCUCUUCAUGAAUUUGGAGUUAUUGUUGGGGCAUCCCUUCUUACAAUUUUUUUUGCGAUUCCAGUUACUGCCGUUCAAGGAAUAGCUAAAUUUGAGAAAUUAAAGAAGUGGUUUCCACCAGCCAUGGCAAUAAACUUGAUACCAGGAUUAAGCUCUGUUGUGACAGGGUAUCUUCCCAGUGCAAUCCUGAAUGGAUUUAUAUAUGUAGUCCCGUUUGCAAUGCUUGCAAUGGUCAAACUAGCAGGUUGUGUUUCAAGGAGUAAAGAGGAGAUAAAAGCUUGUAACAUGGUUUUCUAUUUUCUGGUGGGAAAUGUGUUCUUUCUGAGUUUGAUAUCAGGAUCUUUACUUGAUGAAAUUGAAGAGUAUCUUGCACAUCCUAGAAACAUCCCCAAUCAUCUUGCAAGUGCUGCAUCUGCUCAAGCUGAUUUCUUUGUGACAUAUAUACUGACGACUGGCUUAUCAGGAUUUUCUUUAGAAAUUCUUCAACCUGGUUUAUUAAUUUGGGAUCUUUUGAGGUCAUGUAUAUGUUGCAGUGGAAAGGAGAAAGAUGCAUAUUUGUACUCUCUGCCACAUUUUAGAAUUAUCCCUUUUGUCUCUCUCUUGCUACUCAUUGGCAUGGUAUAUGCAGUAGUUGCACCGUUGCUGCUUCCAUUUCUCAUCGGCUACUUCUGUUUGGGCUAUGUUAUAUAUGUCAUUCAGAUCGAAGACGUCUAUGCAACUACUUAUGACACAUUUGGGCUAUACUGGCCUUACAUUCAUCACCAUAUAAUAAUAGGGAUCAUUAUGAUGCAAGUGACUAUGAUUGGCCUUUUUGGACUGAAGGCCAAGCCAGCAGCUUCCAUUUCCACAAUUCCACUACUUUUGAUAACUUUAUUCUUUAAUGAGCACUGUAAGAGUCGAUUUCUUCCUACAUUUCGCUGCUACCCAAUACAGGAGGCUAUGGAAAAUGAUGAACUUGAUGAGAAGAUUGGUGAGUUGGAAGUUAACUAUGAAAARGCAGCCGAUGCUUAUUGCCUGCCUAGCCUGCAACCUCCAGACUUCUUGCUGGCACCAGAGUUAACCACUCGUCCUUAGUAAUUCCAACUUGAUUUCGACUUAUCAACUCUGGUAGACUUCUUUGUACAAUGUAGUUUAGAAUAAGUUUUGUGGAAAAGGACAUCUGAAUUUGGUCCCGACCACCUUCUAUGAACAUGAACACUUGAUGCCAGGAUUCAAUAAAGUUGGACCUCGUUGCCUGGUAUUA